GUGAAUGCAAACCUUUUUUUGAGUGUCGCUAGUGUCACUGCGAAACUUUUAACAUUUCACCUUCACUAUUCCUAAACUAAACUUUCUAAUCAAAAAGUACACAACAUUUGAUAAAUAACACAAUAUCAACUAUGAUAAUAACUGAUAAUAAGAUCAGAAUAGAUAUUUAUUUUACUUACAAUCUGAAACUGCCUUAGAAAUGUCAAAUGACGUCAGAAACGUCACAAACACAUGCGAACUUCACAAAACUCAACGAUUUGUGAACAUAGUGAACCAAAAAUCAUUGAUGUAAUGUUGUUCCAAUCAUCUGUGCGUUGUAUAUUGACCUUUGCCAAGUAAAGCAUUUACAACCAACCUCCCCCGAGACCAAAACCAGCAUAAAAUGAACGCCCCAAGGGAUCUGCAACAAGUUUACGACGUUUUCGACGAUUUAACCUUACACAUCACCCAAGAUAAAUUCUACAUUGAACCCAUAGGAUACAAACAACUGCUAUGCAUUGAUAGAAUAUCUGAAGAAGCGAAAUUUGUGCCCAAACCAGAUCAUAUACCAUGUGAAAGAAGACAGGAUUUCUGUGGAUUGCUUGGAAGUAUUCAACUCAUAUCAGGAAAGUACCUCUUGAUAGCCACAACAAGAGAAUUAGUAGGAUUCCUGAAUGGUCAUGCAAUAUGGAAGUUAGUUGACACCAAAUUAAUUCCAUAUGCAAAAAGCACAAUUCAUAUGAAUGCACAGCAGAUUGCCGACAAUGAUCAAUACAUCAGAAUGAUCCAUCUUGUAUUAAGCACACCAUACUUCUACUUCAGCUACAGUUAUGAUCUUACUCAUAGCCUGCAGAGAUUGCACAGUGCUGGGCCAGGAUUCAAUAGUCAAUCGAUGUUUGCCAGAGCUGAUCAGCGGUUUGUAUGGAACAGAUACUUAUUGAAGAACUUCAUGAGUUAUGACUACAAGAAUUUCGCCCUGCCUUUGAUACAUGGUUUUAUUUCGAUUAAUCAAUGUGUUGUCAAUGGGAACAACUUUAUCUGGGCGAUCAUUUCACGCCGGAGUAUUCAUCGUGCUGGUACGAGAUUAUUCCGUCGAGGGAUUGAUCGUGAUGGAAGUGUUGCCAACUUCGUGGAAACCGAGCAGAUCGUCGAGUAUGACAAUGAUAAAUGUAGUUUUGUUCAGAUUAGAGGUUCGAUUCCAUUGUUCUGGUCGCAGUCGCCUGAUUUACGCUAUAAACCACCGCCGAAGGUGCUGGAUAUUGACAGCGAGGAACAGAAACAAGCAUGUGUUAAACAUUUGGAUAGCAUGAGUCUUUUAUACGGUAGACAAGUACUGUUAGAUCUUGUUGAUCAAAAGGGUGCUGAAGGACGACUGGAGCAAGCAUUUAGUGAUGUAAUCGCUAGUAUAGGUUAUACUUCCGUGAGAUAUGAACCGUUUGAUUUUCACGCUGAGUGUAGGCAUAUGAAAUGGGAGCGUUUGUCGAUUUUAAUCGAUCGUGUUGCGCACGAUCAAGAUGAAAUGGGGUACUUUUUGUUGUUAAGAGAUGGCUCGCUGAUCAGUCUACAAGAUGGCGUCUUCCGCACCAAUUGUAUCGAUUGUUUGGAUAGAACUAAUGUGGUUCAGAGUAUGUUAGCACGACGUGCGUUGACGAACAUGCUCAGAAGACUCAAUGUACUCAAACCCGAUGAGGUUACGGAGCAAAUGCAUGGAUUAGAGAUGUUGUUCAAGAAUGUCUGGGCGGAUAACGCCGAUUUGAUUAGCAUUCAAUACUCGGGUACAGGCGCGUUGAAGACCGAUUUUACCCGGACUGGUAAACGUACAAAAGCUGGUCUGUGUCGAGAUGGAAUUAAUUCCAUGACUAGAUAUAUUCGGAAUAAUUUUAAAGAUGGAUUCCGCCAGGAUGCGAUUGAUUUGUUUUUGGGUUUGAGUGAUUUGCGGAGUCCGCUUGGCAUCGAACGCGAUUGGAAGUAUGCGACAUUCCCGUCCGUUUUAUUGGUCGCGGUGGCCAUGUUUGUUACAUGCGCGGUUUUACCGUCGGAGUAUUCGACGGAAUCUUUGUUGUUUUUAUUGUUUUGGGGUGUUAUGGUUGGUGCGACGGCGCAUACUAUCUUUAGGCAUGGUACUGAGUUUGUUGAUAAACCGCAGCUUACUAAUUGAUGGCUAAAAUAAGUAAACUAGGUAAUUUUAUGCGCAUUUACAAUGUUUUAUACUAGGCAAGGGAAUGCUUUGAGUAUUGUUCAUGAACUAGUGGCAACCAUGUUGGAAAACGUCAAAUUACCCUGCUUGUACCAAUAUUAUAAGCAUAUAUUUAUCAAGUUAUAAUAGAUAAUCAACUAUUAAA